UGUAAAGUAUUGCGCUUCGGACUCUCAGCUCAGCAUCAUGAGUGUGGCUACAGUCUGCCUCGCUGUCCUGACGCUCUCCUUCCCAGCACUUUGUAAUGGGAGCCCACUGUACGUGAUGACCGCGCCCAACGUGCUGCGGGUUGAAAGUGAUGAAAACGUUGUCGUCGAAGCUCACGGUGUCGCAGAAAACAUCGAGGUUGAAAUUCUGGUGCAAGACUUUCCCGCUAAGAGACAGAUCUUGUUCACAAGCAAGACUGCUCUGAAUGGAGGGAACAAUUACCUGGCCACAAAGUCUAUCAAGAUACCAGCAGCUCCUUUUCAAAAGGAGUCCCGGACAAAUCAGUUUGUCUAUCUGGUGGCGAAAUCGAAUUUGUUUGUCCUGGAGAAGGUCAUUGUGGUGUCCUUCCACUCCGGGUAUGUCUUUGUGCAGACAGACAAGCCCAUCUACACCCCGACAGACACAAUUCUCUACAGAGUCUUUGCUCUAACCCAUCAUCUGGAUCCCACCAGCAGCUCCAUCUCUGUUGAGAUUAUGAAUCCGGACGGGAUCAUUAUUAACAAAGAGCAGAUGAAACCGGUCACAGGGAUCGCGUCCGGCUCUUACAAGCUGCCCGAGGUCAUCAGUAUUGGCAUUUGGAAGGUGGUCGCCAAGUACGAGCAGACACCCCAGGAAAAUUUCACCUCCGAGUUUGAAGUUAAGGAGUACGUGCUGCCCAGCUUUGAAGUGAAGGUGGAGCCGAUGCAGAAGUUCUUCUACAUCGAUGAUGACAGUCUGUCUGUUGAAAUCACUGCCACUUACCUGUAUGGGAAGAAGGUUACAGGCACGGCUUACGUCAUUUUUGGAGUGCUGGUCGAGGACGAGAAGAAAAGUCUCUCUGGUUCCCUUCAGAGAAUCCCGAUUGACGACGGUCGGGGACUGGCUGUGUUGGAGAGAAAGGACAUUUUGAGCUCUUUCCCAGACAUUGAAACCAUUCAUAAAAUGUCUAUCUAUGUGUCUGUAACGGUUCUAACACAAAGUGGAAGCGACAUGGUGGAAGCUGAGAGGACAGGGAUCCAGAUCGUAAAAUCCCCUUACACGAUUCUCUUCACAAAAACUGCCAAAUAUUACAAGCCUGGAAUGCCGUUUGAUGUGACGGUGGUGGUGGUGAAUCCAGACGGCUCCCCAGCCAGUGACAUUGACGUCGUGGCAGAGCCAGGGAAUGUUCCUGGAAGAACCCAGAAGCAGGGCACAGUGAAGCUCACCCUCAACACACAGGGGGGCGCAGCACAGCUGCCCAUAACUGUGAAAACAAACGUGGCGGCACUCCCAGCACACAGACAGGCGCGGGAGCAGAUGAACGCUCUGCCGUAUAAAACACAGUACGGAACAGACAACUACCUGCACAUCGGAAUCCAAGCAUCAGAACUGGUGCCUGGAGAGAAUCUCCCCAUCAAUCUGAACAUCCGCAAUGAUAACCCGGGAACACAAGAGCAGAUUAAGUACUUUUCAUAUCUGAUUAUAAACAAAGGCAAGCUUCUCAAAGCCGGGAGACAAAUUCGUCAAGCAGGACAGACGCUGGUCAUCAUCUCGCUGCCCAUCGAGAAACAAAUGAUUCCCUCGUUCCGGUUCGUGGCCUAUUAUCACGUGACCAACCAGGGUCGACAGGAAGUGGUGGCGGACUCUGUCUGGGUGGACGUGAAGGACUCCUGCAUGGGAACACUCCUCGUAACCCCCGUCAGCGAUAAAGACCGACGGGUCUACCUGCCUCGCAAGCAGUUCAGCCUCCGGUUAAGAGGCGAUCCGGAAGCCAAGGUUGGGCUUGUCGCUGUGGAUAAGGGGGUGUUCGUGCUAAGCAACAAAAACAAGCUGUCCCAGUCCAAGAUCUGGGAUGUCGUUGAGAAGAAUGACAUUGGCUGCACAGCAGGGAGCGGACCUGACAAUAUGGGCGUUUUCACGGACGCCGGGCUGGUGUUUGAAUCAAGCGCUGGCAUUAGUACAAAGACCCGGUCAGAGACCCACUGCCCCCCUCCUCCCAAGAGAAGACGCCGUUCUGUCAUUCUGAUUGAGCACAAGACAACGCUGGGUGAGUGA